CUCCACAUUACUGAGGUUGCCCCUUUUUACUCAGCAACCAACCCUAAUUCCCAAUUAGGUGUUCCGUAUUCCUAAUUCCCAAUAUUGUGGGUUGGUUCAAUAUUGUGGGUUGGUUGGUUCCAAGUGAAGUGAUUUGACCUGAACAAGAAGAAGUUGCAUGGUGAGGGACAUGAGAUGGCUUUCUUCUUUAGCUUCUAGGGCACAUGCUGCUGUUGCACUCCGAAUCCUCCCCCUCCCCGACCAAGCCCCCUACAGUCUCAGUCAAAUUCAGACAGAAAAUGCUUCAUUUGAAAACAAACCCAGAAUUAGAAAAGCUUCUGCUCCUCGCAACAUUCGAUUUGGCGCUUCCCGUCCUCCCAAACCUAAAGGUAAUUCUUCUUGUACGCCCAAUCCUAAUCCUAAUUUGGUUUCCAUUUCAAACAUUCCCAUUUCAGCUGGUAAUGCCCAUCACAACCAUAAACCAAUUGAUCACUCAUACAUUGUCCAAAUUCUUUCACGGAAGGACUGGUUUUUAUUGCUCGCCCACGAGUUGAAGGCCCAGAGGAUCGUUUUGAAUCCUCAGUUUGUUGCUAGUGUCUUGCAAAACCAAGAAAACCCAUCACUCUCUUUGAAGUUUUACUUAUGGGUUUCGAGUAACGACCCCUUGUUGUCAAAGAAUCAAUCCGUUCGCGGUAUCUUAGCCAACACCCUUUACCGGAGAGGCCCCGUUGUGUUGUCUGUUGAAUUGCUAAAUGAUAUUAAGAAUUCUGGUUUAAUGGUCCCUGAAGACUUGCUUUGCAUAUUGAUCGGCAGUUGGGGGAGGUUGGGUUUGUCAAAAUAUUGUGCUGAGGUUUCUGGGCAAAUUUCAUUUUUGGGUCUCCGUCUUAGCACAAGGUUGUAUAAUGCCGUGAUCAAUGCGUUGGUCAAGUCCAAUUCACUUGACUUGGCUUAUUUGAAAUUCCAACAGAUGCCAGCAGAUAACUGUGGUCCCGAUAGAUUCACUUACAAUAUCCUCAUUUAUGGAGUCUGCAAGAUUGGUAUUGUGGAUGAGGCACUUCGCUUAGUUAAACAAAUGGAGGGCUUGGGAUAUUUUCCCAAUGUUUGGACGUAUACAAUCCUCAUUGAUGGGUUUUGUAAUACAAAGAGGGUUGGCGAAGCCUUCUGGGUUUUGGAGAUAAUGAGGGAGACGAAUGUGACUCCUAAUGAAGCUACUAUCAGAUCAUUAGUUCAUGGUGUGUUUCGUUCCACGGCCCCCAGUGAAGCUUUUGAGUUGUUAUUGAGUUUUGUUGAAAGGGAGUCUGUAUUGUUCAAGGUCGCCUGUGAUACCGUACUGUAUUGCCUUUCGAAUCGUUGUAUGGCAAAAGAGAUUGUUUCGUUUUUGAAGAAGAGUGAUGCAAAAGGUUAUUUGCCUGAGAGUUCAACAUUCAACAUCAUAAUGGUUUGUUUGAUAAAGGAAUUAGCUCCUUUUCGGAAUCAGAACGAGGUUCAUGAUAUAUUUCAAAGUUUUAUACGGCGUGGUGUGAAACCGGGAUUUAGCACUUAUCUUGCAUUGAUUGAAGCCAUGUACAAGGCAGGAAAAGCUGGUCACGGGAAUCAAAUCUUUGAUCAAAUGAUCAAAGAGGGACUUGUAUCAGAUGUCUUCUCAUAUAACAUGGUAAUUGAUUGCUUAUGCAAAGCCCAAAUGUUGGACAGGGCAUCAAAGGUUUUUGAAGAUAUGCAGUGCAAAGGUAUCCCUCCUAACCUUGUUACUUUCAAUACACUUCUUACCGGAUAUAGCAAGGCUGGAGAAGUAGGUAAGGCACAUGAACUAUUGGCAAUGCUCUUGGAACAGGGGAUUAAACCCGAUAAGUUCACUUUUAGUUCACUAAUUGAUGGCCUUUGUCGGGCGAACCGGAUAGAUGAUGCUUUUGACUGUUUUGCUGAGAUGGUUAGGUGGAGGGUCACUCCAAAUUCCAUCACAUACAACAUACUGAUACGCUCUCUGUGUUUCGUUGGAGACAUUUCUAGAGCGGUGAGAGCAAUGAAGAAAAUGCAGGCGAAUGGAAUAAAACCAGAUGCUUACUCGUUUAAUGCUCUUAUUCAAGGUCUUUGUAGGAUGAACAAGGUUGAGAAAGCUGAGGAACUUUUUCUUGCCAUGUUGACAUUAGGUUUGAAUCCUGACGAUUACACAUGCAGUGCUUUUAUCAAGGCAUUGUGCGAUUCAGGAAAACUUGAUGCAGCAAAGGAGAUAUUGCUCUCUAUGGAAGCAUCUGGUUGUUUUCCGGAUUCUUCUAUUUGUAACAAGAUUUUAGAUUCGCUGGUCCAGAGUGGCCAUGUUGAAGAGGCCUGUAAUAUAGUAAAGAGUUUUAACAGGAGGAAAUAAAUUUCACAGGAUUUGGGCUAUCACCUGUCUGCAUGUUGAUGUGUUCGCUCAAAAGACAGGUCAAUCAGUAGCACACGAGGUGAUGAUUCACGGGAUGCACUUCUGGGUGAACUGCGUGUUGAUGUGUUGGCUCAGAAGACAGGUCGAUCAGUAGCACACGAGGGUGAUGAUUUGUGGGAUGCACUUCUGGAUGAACUGCAUCCUGGUAUUUCAAGUAAAGGUGAAGGGAGCUGGAAAGUCGGUCGAAGUAAGAUUUUAUGCCUGUCAAUUGUCAUCCAUUGAAGGAGGUGCUAGUAGAGAUGCAAAGACAAUUGAUGCAGCAAAAGGACGGAGCAAAUAAUAGUUGACAGGCCAAGCCAAAAUAUACGUCCAACAACUUACUGUGUCAUCUCCCUUUGAGCACGGAACCUAACAUGUGACAUUCCGUCCUGAGAUUUAUUAUAUUUUAUUCUCAACAUCAAUGAAAUUCCUAAAAUGCCCAUGAGAUGCCAUGUAGACCUUUCAUGUGGACUUCACUUUUCCUUUUAACUUUUUCA